CACUCUCCGCCCCCUUCCUCUCAUCCCAUCCCCUCCCCAUUCCGCUCUCUCUCGUCCCCUGAGGCGCCGAUCGCGCGACUCCCCACACGGCGACAGCCCGCCGCCCCCCUCCCCGUCCCGCCCGCUCGACGAGGCCGCGCCGAGCGGUGAAGAGGGUGCCGCUGCGGUCGCUCGCCAUCUCGCGAUGAGUAGCGCCGUGAAGGACCAGCUCCAACAGAUGUCGACGACGUGCGAUUCGCUCCUGCUGGAGCUCAACGUGAUUUGGGAUGAGGUCGGGGAGCCCCACUCUGCGAGGGACCGGAUGCUGCUGGAGCUCGAGCAGGAGUGUCUCGAGGUCUACAGGAGGAAGGUCGACCUGGCCAAUCGCUGCAGGGCACAGCUGCGGCAAGCCAUUGCCGAGGCAGAGGCCGAGCUCGCCGGCAUCUGCUCGGCCAUGGGUGAGCCGCCGAUACAUGUUAGACAGUCAGAUCAGAAGUUGCAUGGUUUAAGGGAGGAAUUGAACGCAAUUGUCCCAUACUUGGAGGAGAUGAGACAGAAGAAAGUCGAAAGAUGGGACCAAUUUGUUGAUGUCAUGGAUCAAAUUAAGAAGGUUGCAUCUGAAAUCAGGCCUGCAGAUUUUGUGCCCUUUAAAGUUCCUGUGGAUCAGUCUGAUCUGUCAUUAAGAAAGCUUGAGGAGUUAACGAAGGAGCUACAAUCCCUUCAGAAGGAGAAGAGUGAUCGGCUGAAGCAAGUGAUGGAACAUUUGAACACUUUGCAUUCCUUGUGCGAGGUGCUUGGUAUAGACUUCAAGCAAACAGUAUAUGAGGUGCAUCCUAGCCUGGGUGAGGCUGAUGGAUCAAAGAACCUGAGCAACAGUACAAUCGAGAGACUUGCAUCAGCUGUAAAUGGAUUACGUGAAAUGAAGGUCCAGAGGAUGCAAAAGCUUCAAGAUUUGGCAUCUAGCAUGCUUGAACUUUGGAAUCUCAUGGAUACACCACUUGAAGAGCAGCAGGUGUUCCAGAAUGUAACGUCUAAUAUUGCUGCUUCGGAACAUGAAAUAACUGAGCCCAACACCCUCUCCAUUGACUUCCUCAGCUACGUGGAAUCUGAAGUAUUAAGGCUUGAACAAUUGAAAGCGAGCAAGAUGAAAGACCUAGUUCUGAAAAAGAAGACAGAACUGGAAGAGCAUAGGAGACGUGCUCAUCUGAUUGGCGAGGAAGGUUAUGCAGCUGAAUUUAGCACUGAGGCUAUUGAGGCAGGAGCUGUUGAUCCUGCGCUGGUGCUGGAACAAAUUGAGUCUCACAUUGCUACAGUGAAAGAGGAAGCUUUUAGCCGAAAGGAUAUUCUUGAGAAGGUUGAAAGAUGGCUGAAUGCAUGUGAGGAGGAAGCGUGGUUGGAAGAUUACAACAAAGAUGACAACCGUUAUAAUGCUGGGAGGGGGGCCCAUCUGACACUCAAGAGAGCGGAGAAGGCUCGUAUUUUGGUUAACAAGAUCCCAGGUAAUGUUGCUUAGUAAGAUAUCUAUUAGAGGUUCACUAAUUCUGUUCUGUUCAUACAAUGUCUUGAUUCUUCCACCAUAGUUGCAACCAAUUUACCAUUUUUUUCCAUUUUGCUAAAAUAUGAUUUGUGCAACCAACAUAUGUUUUUCAUGCAAUAUUUUCAGGUCCGCCUACUGUCAAUGCUUGAAGAGUACAUGAUUGUUCGCCAGGAGAAAGAGCUAGAGAAGAAGAGGCAAAGGGAUCAGAAGAAAAUCCAGGAUCAAAUCAAAGCUGAGCAGGAAGCACUCUACGGAUCAAAACCAAGUCCAUCCAAGCCUCAAAGUACAAAGAAGGUGCCUAGGAACUCCAUGGGUGGUGCAAACCGAAGGCUGUCUCUUGGUGGAGCCACAAUGCAAGCCCCGAAGACAGACAUACUGCAUUCGAAGACUGCUCGUGCUGCCAAGAAAACUGAAGAUUUGGGCACUUUAUCUCCUAGUAGUAGAGGCUUGGACAUUGCUGGUCUUCCCAUCAAGAAGUUAACUUUCAACGGAAGUACUCUACGUGAGGCAGAAACACCUCGCAAGCCUUUUGCCCAGAUCAUGCCAGGAAACAACGUCUCUUCGACACCUGCACGACCCAUCUCCAAUGACACUGAGGAAGAGAACAAAACCCCCAAGACAUUUGCAACGCUCAAUCCCAAAACGCCGAUGACGGUGACGGCUCCAAUGCAGGUGUCGAUGACGCCCGCAGUCGCUAACAAGGUCAUAGCCACUCCUGUCUCCCUUUUCCAGGAGAAGCCAGAGCAGCCGAUGCUGGCGGAGGAGAUUGAGUACUCGUUCGAAGAGAGGCGGCUCGCCGUUUACCUGGCCAGGCAAGUGGCUUAGCUCCGUCACUUGCCCAGGGCGUCCUAAAAACCCAGCCAUUACGUAGUUGAAGGUCGAACUGACUGCCAUUUCUCGUCAGAGGCCAUUGGUACCUGUUUGUUGGUCGACAGUAGUCGGCCUUUUCGCGCUUUGCCGUACUGUUCUGAUUCACAGCCAUAUUUGGUACAACUAGUAAAGGAGUUCUACACUUGUGAGCUUGUGCUCCGUGCCGCCAUUGGUUAUCCAAAGUUGUAUAGCUUCAGCCGGUUGCAUCGUCGAUGACCUGUUACUCUAAUUAUUAUUUCUGUUUACACUCA